UCAGUUCCUGAUAUUGGUAGAGAGAAGCACUCUAAUAAUGACUGUGGAAGGUUUGCUGGAACGUCUGAAGAGUAAGAAGGACAUUGUAGUAGCAGAAGGAUAUAUUUUUGAAUUUGAGCGCCGAGGCUACUUGAGGGCGGGAUGUUUUGUUCCAGAGGUUGUGCUUAAUCACCCGCAGUUGGUCCGGGCUCUCUAUGAAGAAUUCGUCCAUGCAGGAAGUGAAGUUGUACUUGCUUUUACUUACUACGGGCAUCGAGAAAAGUUGAAACUGAUUAACCGGGAGAAUGACCUGAAAGAACUGAACAUUAAAGCUCUAAAACUUGCCAAAGAAGUUGCUUUAAAGACAGGGACAUUAAUGGCAGGGAAUAUUUGCAACACGACUGUAUUCGAGCGCGGAAACCAAGAAGCAAUUGAUACUGCUAGAAAAAUGUUUAAGGAACAAAUAGAGUGGGCCGUUGAAUGUGGCGCGGACUUCGUUGUAGCAGAGACGUUCAGUGAAUAUGCCGAAGCUGAACUGGCACUACAGUGUAUUAAGCAAUAUGGAAAAGGACUACCAUCAGUGGUGUCCAUUGUUCCCCAUGGUAAAAAUACCACGACAGAUGGACUGACAUUUCCUGAAGCUUGUAGAAAGCUAGAGGAGGCUGGGGCGGAUGUGGUAGGACUCAACUGCUGCAGGGGCCCAAAAACCAUGAUGCCUCUCAUAAAAGACAUAAGAAAAGUUUGCAAGGGACCCAUUUGUAUGCUACCAGUGCCUUAUCGUACCACAACAGAGCAACCCACCAUGCAAUCACUCAAAGAUCCAGAGACAGGAAAGAGUGCAUUUCCGUUUGAUCUACCAGCGUUUGCAUGCAGUCGUACUCAGAUUGCCGAAUUUGCUCGAGAGGCAAAAGAAGUUGGAGUGCAGUACAUCGGUCUUUGCUGUGGAAACGCAGCGCAUUACAUCCGGGUAGUGGCGGAGGAAUAUGGAAGAAGACCCCCAGCAAGCAAAUUCUCGCCGGAUAUGUCAGAGCAUUUUAUCUUUGGGGACAAAAAGCACGUGAAAAGUUACCACGCUACAAGUCUUCUGCCUGAUAUGUAGUACAUGACCUUAACUCAUUAAAUCAAUAAUUUUUAAAGGGUCAAUAUCUA